AUGGAUUUGAAUUGGAUCAAUUAUUUAUUUGAAAAGGAAUCUAAAUCUGAAUCUGAAUUUGAAUUAAUUGAAAUUGAUUUAAUCUUGUUGAAAAUGGAUAUAAAUUACAUAUGCUUCAAAUAUUAUCCUUUUCUGACCCAUUUACAUUCCAGUAAAAUGAACGAAUUGGAAAUAGUAAAAAAAGAAUUAACAGAAUUAAAAACUAAAUAUAAUAAUUUAGAUCAAUUUAAUAUUACUUAUUUAAAUACAAUUUCUAAACAAAUAAAUGAAAUUAAUUUAUUAAAAGAAAAAAACAAAUUAGUAACUGAAACAAAUGAACAACUAUUUAAUGAAAAGGAUAAAUUAGAAGCUUCGAAUAUAGAAUUAAAAACAAUAAAUAACACAUUAAAAAAUGAAAAUAAAAAAUUAAAAAAAAAAAGCUUAACACAACAAAAAGAAUUAUCUACUAAUAAUAAUCAAAUAAAAGAAAAUGAUACAAAGUCAUCUCAAAAAUCAAAAAAAAAAGAAAUAAAUAAUAAUAAUAAUAAUAAUAAUAAUAAUAAUAAUAAUAAUAAUAAUAAUAAUAAUAAUAAUAAUACUAAUAAUAAUAAUAAUAAUAAUAAUAAUAAUAAUAAUAAUAAUAAUCUAAUUAAAGAAAAUGACAAUCACUCUCAAAAAUUAAAACCUAUAAAUCAAGAUGAUGAUAAUGGAAAUAAAAUUCCUUUUUAUUAUUUCAUUGCUAUUAAUUUAUUACUAAAAACUUUCAUUUUUUUUUUAAGAUUUCUUUUCUUUUUGGUUGUAACAACAGUUGCAACAGUUAUUGCAAUAGCGACAACACAACAACCUAUGAUUAUUCCAGCUAAUUGUGCUUUUGAUAAUCCAGAUGAUGACGAUGGUUUUGGUGAACAUAUUGAAUUAUAA